UUGGUUUUUAGAGACUAAGCCACGGACGGAGACGAAGUUGAGUAUUGGAAAACGGCCAAAGACUGGCGAUAAUUGUUGCUACGGUAAAUUAAAAUAGCGCCACCAAGAGUUUUUCUGUCACCGCCAUUUUAGAAUCGAAAGACUUUGAAGUUCGAAAAACGAAAUUGAAUUAUUUCUGGCUAAAAACCGAGAAAAAUAACAACACUAACCACAUUAAUGUGAAACCCAAAACGCAUCACUGAUGUGCAGAAUUUGUAAAGCAAAUGGAAUCAUUGGCGAAAAGGAAAGUUUAUGUCCGGUAUUUACAUUGUGGAAGGAUGAAUACAUCAAAUCAAAUCAUGUUCCUUCAUCCAGUACUAAUUAAGUGAAUGGGAAUACACCUCUUUUGAAGAUGUCCAAGGAAUCACAAACACUAGCACAAGUUGAACUUGUGAACAUCGCUGAUGUUGAGAAGGCAAUUGGCGAAGCUGUUCUCAGCCAGCAGAGAGUUUUGAAUUUGAGUCACAGGGGGUUGUCUAUACUCCCUGCCAGCACCCAACGAUUGACCCAAGUCAAGAGACUCUUGCUGAAUAACAACAACCUUCUCAUGCCCCCCACGGAGCUCAUCACGCUGGAAAGCCUGGAGGAGUUGAUUUUGGACGAGAACAAGCUGACCCUUCUGCCGUCGGGGUUCGGCCGUCUGACCAACCUGACUUACCUCAGCCUCAGCCACAACUGCCUGGGUUGCCUGCCGGCCGAGAUCGGCGACCUGCGCAACUUGGAACAGCUGUGGGUGGUGGGGAUGCAGUUGGCCUCCCUCCCAGCCUCCAUCGGGCUGUUGGGCUCGCUGGAAAAGUUUGGUGCCCGGGACAACCUGAUUUCGGCAUUACCCAACGAGAUCUGCCAGCUGAGGCGGCUGAGGUGGUUGAACUUGGCCAAGAAUAGGCUUAUGGAGCUCCCCGCCCAGUUUGGUAGACUCCCCGAGCUAGCAUUCUGUGAUUUGAGCGAGAAUCAUUUCACCGAAGUGUCCAAGUCCAUUACGGAACUGCCAAAACUUGCUUCAUUAAUUCUUCAAGGAAAUCAGAUCGCCGUACUACCUGACGAUCGCCUUCUAGGCUUGUCUCGGCUUACCAAGCUUGACUUGAGGGCAAAUCCCUUGACAAAAAGACCAGACCACUGGAAGGGAUUAGACUUCAUCCUGCUUGGCUCUGUGCCAAAUGCUGCAUUAAGUGAAGGUGAAGACACAGCGAGCAGCGAUGAGGAGGAUGCAGACGGAAGCGAUGACAAUGGAAGGGAAAGCUCUGAUGAGGAGGGAAAUGAACAGAACGAGGAAGAGUAGGCCAGAUUGGAGUGCAAUUGUUGAUAGUUUCCCCUAUGGGUAUGAACCGUAAGGAUGCUGGAGAUGUUGCAGAAUGCCUCAUGACAUGACUGAAGUCCUUGUUUUGAUGGUUUCAAGGAACUUGGCCAGUUUCGGUGGUGACAUUGGGGUAUAGGACACACUUGAUCGAGUGGAAAGUAUAUCUUUUCACUCUGUUCCGAUGGUUGGAGCAAAAACCAACAUUGUCUGGAAAAUAUGAAAUCCUGAAAAGGGGAGCAUUUUUAAUACUAACGGUUCUCCUGAAUACUUCCUCUUUGUUCUUUUGGUUCAAGCCACCGUGAAACUUGGAUUUUUUUGUGUGUCUUGGAUGGCACUGAAUGUCCAGUGCUUGGAAACAAAGCAUUUAGGAUUGAUUAAUAUGCAAUAUGUAAAUCUUUCUACGUGCAAAACUUUUAAUGGAAAUGUGUUUUGACCAAGCAAAAUUUUCCUGCUACCCUCUGUGAAUUGUUAUGAGCUUUGCUCUGGUUCAGUUUUGCAAAGCUGUGGUACCGAAAUUCCUAACUUGCAAAUUUCUCUUCUGAAGCACAGUCAGCUGCUAAGCACAAAUAAGCUGAGAACAACAUCAGUUGGAUUCAUGCUGCUUUCUGCCGGUUACCAACAAUCGCUUAAUGAAAUGUGGCCAAGCAGAUUUUAUGUGCUUAGCAGAUCUGUAAAUUGAUCAACAAUCUUCUGACGGCUUUUACAUGUAUUUUAAAAGUUUGCAAUAAACAUGGUUCAACCGAUGAAGUUGAAA